AUGUCAAACAUACCAGAGGCGAAACUCUACAUUCUACAGGACGGCUCCUAUUCUAUUCUUUCUCGCACCCAGCUUCCCACAUUAAACGUACUCAAACGUCGAAUACCCCGAAACUGCAAACCACCACGUAUGUACGGUCUACCCAAAAUUCACAAAAACAAUUACCGUCUCAGACCCAUCGUCAGUACUUUAGAGUGUCCCACUUAUAAUACAGCCCAAUAUCUAGCCCGUAUUCUGAAGGAAUAUACCGGAAAAACCUCCUCACAUAUUCUUAAUUCCUCACAUUUUGUCCAACUAAUCUCCGCAAUCUCUCUUGACCCCGAAGAUAGAAUUGUCAUGACGGACAACCUUCACUUCGUGGUGAUCUCGCGGGAGAAAUCUCUAACCUCCACAUAUUUUACCUUCCAAGGCCAAUUUUACAAACAAAUCUCUGGUACUCCCAUGGGAUCCCCUCUCUCACCAGUCGUUGCCAAUAUUCUCAUGGAAACUUUUGAAGACACAGCCAUUGAAUCCGCCCAACCCAAACCCAAAGUUAGGUUCCGCGACAUGGAUGACACAUUUGUCAUAUGGCCCCAUGGUCAAAACGCCCUUUCAGUCUUUCACGACCAUCUCAACAGUCAACACCCCGACAUUCAGUUUACCAUGGGAGUGGAAACCAACAAUUGUCUUCCUUUCCUUGAUGUUAUGGUAACAAGGUUACCCGAAGGCCGACUUGGUCAUUCAGUUUAUCGAAAACCUACCCAUAGCGAUAGAUAUCUUCACGCUACGUCUCAUCACCACUGCACCCAAAAACGGUCUGUCAUUGGCUCCCUAAUUCAUCGAGCCAUUAAGAUUUCUCAACCGGACAAACUCCAGAAUGAAUUAGAACAUCUCCAAACAUCUCUUCGACAAAAUGGAUACGACCACCACACUAUCAAGUCAGGGAUUCAACGUCGAAUUAAUCCCAACUCUGACAACAUUUCAAAUCGCCAAACUUAUCUCCCAUUCAUUUCUCAGGUCACCGACCGUCUGGCCAAAAUACUAAAAAGCCAAAAAGUUAAAACAAUCUUCAAACCUGCAACUAAAAUUGCACAAAUUUUUCCUUCCGUCAAAGAUUCUCGCCAAGCUCUAGACUGUAGAGGCAUAUACAGCAUUUCCUAG